AUGCAAAGGAGCGACUAUAUUCUCUAUGUCCGGCCUAGAGAUGAUCACCUUAACGACGCGCUCUGCCUGCUGGCCAAGUUCGACGAUACGCCUGCUCCGGUCACAUAUAGUCUCGUCAACGGCGACGGCAUCGCCGAACGCUCUCUAGACGAGGUCGUUUUAUUGUUGGCGCACGUCCUAUCACUUAUAUUCGGCCGGCAAAUCGAGCACGCCGCCUUUACUUACCUCCACAAACAUCUGCCUAAGCCUAGGGAUAUCUCGACCGAAACUAUAGGCCACUUUGUGGAGCAGCUCUUUGCGCUCCGGUGGCGCAUAGGCCUCGAUAGCCGCCGCCGGAUCGGCCUAUACUUACUUGGACGCCAGAGGGAGGCCAGCGUACUCUUGUCGCGCAUCGAGAGAGACAGGAGCCUCUGCAAGAAACUCUACUUUUGCCUCUACCACGCACGUCAGAAUCCUAGGUGGAGGCGCCCGGGGGUCGACGAAGCCGCCUUUGGUGAUAGGCUCCACUGGUAUGCGGGCACACGACAAGCCGUCAGCGAGACGCUCUAUCAAGUAGACAGCCUCAAGGCUUUUGCCGAUUGGAUGCGUCGUGGCGAGGAGCUGAUUGAAGAGGCGGGGCUCCAGGAGCAGGAUGCUUGUAACUUCUAG